AAACAAUCAUCAAGUGAAUGCUUCUCCUUCAACCACUGCUCCGACGCGGUAGGAUCUUCACGCCGCGUCCUCAACGCCUGCAUUUUUAUCGAGAGUUCAAUAAAACUAGACGUCCACCGAUGAACCGUGCUCAACUGGGAUACCAAGAUGGGCCUAUGGUCUGGAUCGACUGUGAAAUGACGGGCUUGGAUCCUGACCAGGACAAGAUUCUCGAAAUCGCUGUGAUCAUAUCCGACGGGAAACUCAACAUGAUGGACGAAGGGAUCGAGUACAUCAUCAAAACCGAGAAGCCGAUGCAAGGGCAGAAUGAACGAAUGGUGUGUCAAACAACACGGCGAAUCCGGACUCACCGCCGCCUGUAUCGCGUCACCUCACACGCUCAAGCACGUCUCUACCGCUGUGCUACAGUACAUCAAGAAAUGGAUACCGCAAAGACGGGUGGGCGUACUUGCAGGCAACUCUGUUCAUGCCGACAGAGCGUUUUUGGUAAAACACAUGCCUGACGUCGUUGAAUGGCUGCAUUAUCGUAUCAUCGGUGAGGUGAUUUGCCGGAGCGCGUGAACGAUGGCUCACUUCCCCUGGGUGAAGACGUUUCAUCUAUCAAGGAGCUUUCUAGACGUUGGUAUCCUCAGCUCGGACUCUCAAAGCUGAGUGAAAGCAAUCAUCGAGCAUUGGACGAUAUCAAGGGAUCGAUCAAAGAAUUGGAGUGGUAUCGUCAAAAUAUAUUCAUCCCUCCUCCGAAGUCGGAUUGAAGUCUGGCCUUGACUGUUCGGCAUCUCCGACUCAUAUGAGACGCACUUGUACUACGAAUAUAUCCAUGAAAUUGUCAUCGGGAAUGUCGUGUUGGUCGUUCUCGUUUUCUUUACAAGGUCAAAUAAGCAGUCAAAAGCCUUGGCCUGAAAGAUAAGAUAACAACAUUGGCAGUGACGUCAAGCUUUUGUAUCAUGUGAUCUAAAAUUUUGACUCGAGUUUCGCGUAUUUUGUGCUCAAUCACUCUUUUCUUCCGACUACUCUUCGCGUUACCUUCCACGAGAGGCGAGUGUCGCCCAUAAUGCUUUCCAAAGCUGUCGGGCUGCUCCGCUCCCAGUCGCGCUUUCGAUUAGGGCAAUGUGCACGCGCUUUCCACGCUCCCACAACACCUCUUCGCGCUGUUGCAGCUCCUGCGGUCGGUGCCUACACCCCCAAAGACGGCGAACACGUCAUCAACUCCCCCUCCGAGCUUGCGCGCCGCAUUUCCGCUAAAGUUCUUCCCAAAAUCCCCCGUCCUGACGUGCAGAAGGUCGUCGUGGUUGGCAGCGGUGGUUUGAGUAUCGGCCAGGCCGGUGAAUUCGACUACUCUGGGUCUCAGGCUCUCAAGGCACUGAGCGAAGAGGGUGUGCAGGCGGUUCUCAUUAACCCCAAUAUCGCGACCUGGCAAACAUCGCAUCAACUGGCUUCUGAAGUUUAUUUCCUCCCCAUCACCGCGGAUUAUGUGGCAUAUGUUUUGGAAAAGGAACGUCCUGACGGUGUAUUACUUACUUUCGGUGGACAAAGCGCGCUUAAUGUCGGCAUUGAGCUUGACCGGAUGGGUGUCUUGGAACGGCUUGGUGUCAAGGUUUUGGGAACACCUAUCCGUACGCUGGAAGUCUCAGAGGACCGUGAUCUAUUCGUACAAGCACUGAAGGAAAUUGACAUUCCCGUUGCCCAGUCUACCGCCGUUUCGUCAGUCAAUGCGGCUCUCGCAGCUGCAGAGACCAUUGGAUACCCGCUCAUUCUGCGUUCUGCAUUCACUCUGGGUGGUCUUGGAUCUGGCUUCGCUGAAAACCCCGACGAACUCCGUGAUUUGGCUGCCAAGAGUCUUAGUCUGAGCCCCCAGGUUCUGAUUGAGCGCAGUAUGAAGGGCUGGAAAGAAUUGGAGUACGAGGUCGUCCGGGAUGCUGCUGAUAACACCAUCAUCUGCUGCAACAUGGAAAACUUUGACCCUCUUGGCACGCACACCGGAGAUUCUAUUGUCGUCGCUCCGUCUCAGACGUUACCCGAUGACGAGUAUCAUAUGCUGCGGAGCGCCGCCCUCAAGGUCAUCCGUCAUUUGGGAGUCAUUGGUGAAUGCAACAUUCAGUACGCGCUCAAUCCCACGUCUCGCGAAUACUGUGUCAUCGAAGUCAAUGCUCGUUUGAGUCGGUCUAGCGCUCUCGCCUCGAAAGCCACGGGUUACCCUCUCGCUUAUACCGCCGCCAAGAUCGCCCUCGGCCACACACUCCCGGAAUUGCCGAACGCUGUGACCAAGACGACCACUGCCUGCUUCGAGCCUUCUCUCGAUUACAUCGUCACCAAGAUUCCGAAGUGGGAUCUGGCCAAGUUCUCCUCGCAAGUCAACCGGGAAGUUGGUUCGGCGAUGAAAUCCGUCGGCGAGGUCAUGGCAAUCGGACGCACCUUCGAAGAGAGUCUCCAGAAGGCGAUUCGUCAGGUUGACCCGCGCUGGAAAGGUUUCGAAGUGUACAUCGAGCCUGAAGACAUCGAUAAAGCCCUGACUCGGCCGACGGACAUGCGCCUGUUUGCCAUCGCUUACGCGAUGUACAACAAGAACUACACCGUAGAUCAGGUUCACGACCUCACCAAAAUUGACAAAUGGUUCCUCUACAAAAUCGACAAUAUCGUGCAGACCCACCAUCAGCUCAAAGCAGCGGGUGCGAUCGAGAAGAUUGAUCACGAGCUCAUGAAACAGGCCAAGCGCAUGGGUUUCUCGGACGCUCAGAUCGCGGGCCUGGUUUCGUCCACAGAGGACAUCGUCCGCGCGGCGCGCAAGACCCUGAGCAUCACACCCUUCGUGAAGCGGAUCGACACGCUUGCGGCUGAAUACCCGGCGCACACCAACUAUCUGUACACGACCUACAACGCGUCUGAGCACGAUGUGGAGUUCAACGAGCACGGGACCAUGGUGCUUGGCAGCGGUGUGUACCGGAUUGGCAGCAGUGUCGAGUUCGACUGGUGUGCGGUCACCUGCGCUCGCCAGCUGCGGGACAUGGGCAAGCGCACGAUUAUGAUCAACUACAACCCCGAAACGGUCUCGACCGACUUUGACGAGGCCGACAGGCUGUACUUUGAGGAGCUUGGGUAUGAGCGGGUCAUGGACAUCUACGAGCUGGAACAGAGCCAGGGCGUCAUCGUCAGUGUCGGAGGUCAACUGCCCCAGAAUAUCGCUCUUCGGCUGAAGGACACUGGCGUCGAGGUGCUCGGGACGGAUCCCAAGCAGAUCGACACCGCCGAGGAUCGCCACAAGUUCUCUUCCGUCCUUGACAGCAUUGGUGUCGAUCAGCCUGAAUGGACGGAGGUUACCACUCUGGAUGCGGCCAAGUCGUUCGCUGCUAAAGUCGGAUAUCCUGUCCUUGUCCGGCCGUCUUACGUGUUAUCUGGUGCAGCCAUGAACGUGGUCUACGAGGAGACUGCGCUGGAAUACAACCUGUCUGCGGCCGCUUCCGUGUCGCCGUUGCACCCGGUUGUCAUCACCAAGUUCAUCGCCAACGCCCAGGAGAUCGAUGUAGACGCCGUCGCCCAUCAAGGCAAGCUGCUGGUCCACGCCGUUUCGGAGCACGUCGAGAACGCGGGUGUGCAUUCUGGUGACGCUACACUUGUCCUCCCGCCGUUCUCCCUGUCGGCUGAAGACAUGUCGCGACUGAAGACCAUCGCUGAGAAGGUCGCCGCGGCAUUCGAGAUCUCGGGGCCGUACAACAUGCAGAUCAUCAAGAAACCGGCGGAAGCCGGCGAGGAGCCUCAGCUCAAGGUCAUCGAGUGCAACCUGCGCGCGUCUCGCUCCUUCCCAUUCGUGUCCAAGGUCCUCGGCCACAACUUCAUCGACACUGCCACCAAGGCCAUUGUGGGACAAGACGUGCCGGAGCCAGUCGAUCUCAUGCUUGAGCCCCGGGACUACACGUCGAUCAAGGUUGCCCAGUUCUCCUGGACCCGACUUGGCGGUGCCGAUCCAUUCUUGGGUGUUGAAAUGGCCAGUACGGGCGAAGUGGCCAGCUUUGGAAAGGACAUCUACGAGGCGUACUGGGCCUCGCUGCUCAGCACGACUGGAUUCAAGAUCCCCAAGGCUGGAUCUGGUGUGCUGAUCGGCGGUGACAUCUCCAAGCCAGAGAUGGCGAGUGUGGCGAAGCGACUGGUUGACCUGGGCUUCAAGCUCUACUGUUCGUCGCCUGUUGUGGAGGAAUUCCUCAACAGCGUCCAGUACGUCGCCGCGAAGCGCAUCUUUUUCCCGAAACAGGACAAGAGGAAGCUGCGGGAGGUGUUUGACGAGUACGACAUCUCGUGUGUCAUCAACUUGGCCCAGGCGCGCGGCACAAGCUUCACCGACGAGGACUACGUCGCCCGACGAAACGCGGUCGAUUUCGGGCUUCCGUUGCUGAACAAUGCGCAAUGCGCAGACCUCUUCGUUGAGAGUCUGGCGCGGAAAAUUCCGCAAGGCGGUCUCCGCAAAUAUACCGAGGGCCGGAUACCCAGCGAAGUGCGGUCCUGGCGGGAGUUCGUCGGCAAGCGCGCCUGA